AUGGCAGUUGGUAUAUCGAGCCCUACGCUUAUCGAUAACAAGAAUGAUGACAAAAGUCUUAUUAGUGGAAAAGUUGAUGGUCGACGAUCUGCAGGUGUUCAAAAAUCGGAAUUGAUCAAGCAAAUAAUUUCGAAACGAGGUGUAUUCGAAGGCAUUUUGGAAUGGUGCAGCGAUAUUUCGUUGAACGAUUGGCGUGCACAUUUAUUGCAAAUUAACAACCAAGGUAAAUUGUGCCAAGCGCCAAGUACUCGUGACGUACAAGACAUGCAAGAAACCUUACAAACUACGAUGAAUAAUAGUGGGACGAUUUUGAAACAUUUACAAGGUUGUGAGUUGCAAUUGAUGGCAGACGAAGGGGGUGGGUCAUCCACCUUGAGAGUUUCGACGAAACAAGCGACAAUUUAUCUACGAUCCAAAGAUAGAUCGAUCUUCAUAAGUCUUUUGGCAAGUUUGAUAUUUUGGCAAAGUCUGAAACCAGCAGGCAUCUUUAAUAAGAUUUGUGUCUUUCAAACCAUUUUCCCGAGUCAAGAAAAGCCAAUUGACAUGCUGGUAUGUCAACUGAACGUGUAUGGUCCAAUUCCACGUAACCGAAAUGUGAAUAUACUAGAUUUGAAACAGGAACCACCGCAUGACGUAAAGCUCGACGAAAAGACUACAGAGGGUUGGUUUUCUGCAAUGGGCACCUUAAAAUCCAAUGGACGUUUGGAUCUUAUUUCCCAAAUCGAUGGUUCGCUGCUUUAUUCGCUGGCGAUGCCGCAGUUAUUGAGAUCCGAGAUACAAAUCGUCAACUCAUCCAUUUUCAAAAACGAAAACACACUAUACGUAGGUUUCAUUCCAGAACUGCGAAGACGCCUCAAAGUGUCUCGCAAAACGUCUCUUAUUAGGAGCAGUGCGGGCGAGAGCUGCGACCGGAUAUAUUUACAGUUUCCAUUAAGAAUUGAUUUGGAAGAUUGGCUCGUUGCAUUGCAAUCAUUUUCUCGAGCUGAAAUGGCUUCUUUGUUCGGAUCGGAUAAAUCAAAUGAGCUCAGAAUUUCUAACCGCUUUAAAUUGUCAAUUUUAGAAGCAGAUUUCGGUGGCAUUAAUCUUUUUGAAGAACAGGGCCGUGGUCGUCCAGACAACAGUGCUCUUUACGUGAAAGUAUUGAUUUGGGGGAUUACUUGGGCGAAAACGUCACUUGUCUCCGGAACUAACACCCCAUUCUGGCGGGAAGAGUUUGACUUCAAUUUUUCAGUAGGAGUUCCUGAUUUGUGCAUUAGAGUAAUGCAAAAAGUACCCUCUUCAAAGACCACUCAGAUUCUGGGAGAAAUUCACGUCACACAAGGUAUGUUGAACGAUAUGUCUCUCGGUGCCGAAACAAGGUUCCCAGUUUUUCAUUUCGAACACGAGAACUUUCAACUCGGAACUAUUUGUAUCAAAGCCACAUCAAGUUUAAAUACCGUUUUGCCAUCUAUCAAUUUUUCCAAGUUUGAAACCAUGUUGCUAAGCGCAGAUCUAUCCAAAGUUCGAGAAUAUGUUUACGAUAGGUCUCUUUCCGAAUAUUUGAAGCUCGAGGAUCUCUCUGUGGUAUUACUGGACAUCUUUCAAGCUAUCGGAAGAAUCGAUGAAUGGCUUCAGGCGUUGAGUGCGAAAGAAAUAGCCGAAGCUGAUGGUUCCAUCCUAAGAAACAACAAUAAGAAACUUCCUUCCACACACAUUUUCAAUUCACUGUUUAGAGGUAACUCGAUUCUCACGAAAUCCAUCGAGAAGUAUUUUUACAGAGUUGGAAGCGAAUACUUGGAACGAACGCUAGGUGGCAUUCUUCGUCGCAUUGUGGAUGAAGACGUGUUUUAUGAACUGGAUCCUUCUCGGAUCGAGGAAACCGAUGAAUUUGUCAAGGUGCAGAUCAUAAAAUCUAACGCUACAGAGUUGAUGGCGCUUGCUGAAAAAAUCUGGAAAUCCAUCUGUUCAACUAGCAACGAUCUUCCUCCUGAAAUCAAACUUCAUCUAAAGAUCAUCAGAAAGAAUCUCGAAAUAAUUUGCCAUACGACAGAUGUUAGAAGCACACUCAAUUGUAUAUCUGGCUUCCUCUUUUUACGCUUUUUUUGCCCAGUGAUUCUCAACCCAAAGCUGUUUGAUUUGGUCGAAGACCACCCUAACGCUCGUCCCAGAAGAACGUUGAUCUUACUCAGCAAAAUGUUGCUAAACCUAUCGACCAUUACAUUCUUUGGCAAAAAGGAACCCUACAUGGAAGACAUGAACGAUUUCAUAAGAAAACAUGAAGCGGAGUUCUUGGACUACAUUGACAAAGUUACGGAAAAAAAGCUUGACUUCACUCCAAAGCUGCUCAAACUCAGUAGCACAGUCAGCAGGCCAGAGUUACUCAUGAAUAAAAAAAUACUGAAAGAGCUCCCAACAAACCCUUUUCUCAUUGAUAAAUACUUACGCGAAACUGAGCUCAUAAGCGUACUUGCACACUCUAGGAUGAGAAAGGACGACAUACUGGCGUCUAAAAAACAAUUGUCGAUCAUUCCAGUUUGUAAUACGUCUCAAGGACAAUACAGUCCUCAGCUAAAAGUCAACAUUGGUGAACUGGAAUUUGAAAAAAUGACAGAAAACAAUGCGGAGAUAUUUGGAGAUGAUCUCAUGAAGUAUCUCGGGACCCCCGAUAAUUUGGAAAGCGAGCUUAAUAUGGAAACCCAGACAAAAUACGAAAGUCAUAUGGAGCAAAUUGAGCAGGAAUCGUGCUUGCUCUAUAAUAAACUGGAGCACCUAACCAAUGUCUUAUCUGGCUAUGAAUUUCCUAACGAUAUUAUUCUCGGUAAAGCUGAGUUUGCUACUUAUCUUGUCGAAAGCUUGUAUUUGGAUGAGAAAAAAAAUAUUAUCAAUGACAUCAAUGGCACGAUGGCCAAGGAAGGGGGACUCAAAAAGUUCUUCUCCGAUACAGCCAACAAUCUUCCCUUGAUUUCUUCUCCAAGAACCACCAAUCAAGGCUUUAGUCAGUCAGAUGUGAUACACGAGACUCGCGCGACUGCAUUCACAGAGGUGAGAAAGUCAGAGGGCUCUAAGAAUGGAAGGUUUACAUCUUUUGUCAAAAGAGCAGGAACUGUCUCUUCGAACUCUGAUAAAGGCUCUUCAAAACUUUUGCGAAUCUUCAGGAAACGCGCCUGA